CCAUGGUCGCAUCACUCUCGUCGUCCAUUGCAAAGGCUACCAUGCCGGCGUUCCGCGCAUCGACAUCGACGCUGUCGAGGGGCAUCGCCACCUCGUCGACGGCCUACGCCCCUCGUCUUACCAAGGCAGACCAGUCUCCCGUCGCUUCCUCAUCAUCAUCGUCGAGCACGUCGCUGCUGCCCGCCCGCACUUUUGCCACCUCGACGGCACUCCAGCUCGCCGAGCCCGCAGAGAUGCGCUCCAUCAUGAACCGCAACUCCAACCAGAUGAGCCUCGAGACGCCCAAGGGUAACGGAGAGUACGUCCUCUCCACAAUGGACAAGAUCGUCAACUGGGCGCGCCAAGGCUCUCUCUGGCCUAUGACUUUUGGCCUUGCGUGUUGUGCCGUCGAGAUGAUGCAUGUCGCUACCGCUCGUUACGACCAAGAUCGCCUCGGUGUCGUUUUCAGAGCAAGUCCCAGGCAAUCCGACGUCAUGAUUGUGGCUGGUACCCUUACCAACAAGAUGGCUCCUGCUCUUCGCAAGGUUUACGAUCAGAUGCCUGAGCCUCGAUGGGUCAUCAGCAUGGGUAGCUGCGCCAACGGAGGCGGCUACUACCACUACUCAUACAGCGUUGUCCGUGGCUGCGACAGGAUCGUACCCGUCGAUCUGUACGUGCCGGGGUGCCCGCCGACGGCCGAGGCGCUGCUGUACGGGAUGCUCCAGCUCAUGCGCAAGAUCAAGAGGACGAGGAAGUCGACCCUCUGGUACCGCAAGUGAUGGCAGUGCGACAGUCUUCACGAGGCAAGUGAGCCGUCGUAGAGCCACAGCAGAGGUGACAUGAGUGCAGAAGAGGCGUGCACAUCAUCAUCGUC